UUGCUGAUUACAUUUGCCAGCCCAGAAAUUUACACUUCAUGCUCUUUAUCAUUUAAACGAGCUCAACCAUAUGUUGAUGUUGCAACAACAACAAUAAUAAUAAUAAAUCCAUACUACAGCUUGACAAAUCGAGAGCUAACUACAUAUAUAGUUAAUAAAUAUUAAAACAAACCAUGUCUUCGUUAAGUUUAACACGCAAAUUACGUGGUCGUAUGCGUUCAAAUACCUGCCGUAUUAUUUUACUCACAUCCUUAGUUUGGGUGAUUGUGGACUUUGUGCUAAUUGCCCAUUAUUCCGACUGCAUUGGCAAAGAUGGCUGGCGCUGCAAACGUAGUGGUGAAUAUGAUAUAGAGCUCCCAGACGCUCAAAAACAAAUCGAUCAAAAUAUGGUCGAUGACAAUGAAAUCAAUACAGAGAAAAACCUCGAUAACGAUGGAGGAGGAGGUGGUGGUGUCGGCAACAUCUAUGUGGGUGAAAUAGGACACGGAUUUGUGUCGGGUGGCAUAUCAGCAACAUAUCGUAGUACAAUAUUGCGUAAAUGGUAUUCGGCGCCAACGAUUAAAGAACACAAAGGCAAGCCGGGUGAAAUGGGAAAACCCGUUAAAAUACCACCAGAGAUGAAAGAAUUGACCAAGGAGAAAUUCAAAGAGAAUCAAUUUAAUUUGGUAGCUAGUGAUAUGAUCUCACUCAAUCGUUCACUCACCGAUGUGAGACAUGAAAACUGUAAAAAGAAACAUUAUCCCUCAAAACUGCCAACCACCUCAAUAGUUAUAGUAUUUCAUAAUGAAGCCUGGACAACGCUAUUGCGUACCGUAUGGAGUGUUAUAAAUCGUUCGCCACGCUCCUUGUUAAAAGAAGUUAUCCUAGUCGAUGAUGCUAGUGAAAGAGAUUAUCUUGGUAAAAAAUUAGAAGACUAUGUUGCCACACUACCCGUACAUACGUUCGUUUUACGUACUCAAAAACGUUCUGGUUUAAUACGUGCUCGUUUAUUAGGUGCUGAACAUGUGACGGGCGAAGUCAUAACAUUCCUUGAUGCCCAUUGCGAGUGUACAGAAGGUUGGCUGGAACCCUUAUUAGCUCGUAUUGUGCAAAAUCGUCGCACCGUUGUGUGUCCCAUUAUCGAUGUUAUAUCCGAUGAAACAUUUGAAUAUAUAACAGCUUCUGAUUCCACAUGGGGUGGUUUCAAUUGGAAAUUAAACUUUAGAUGGUAUCGUGUUCCUCAACGUGAAAUGGAGCGACGCAAUAAUGAUCGUACGUCUCCUUUGCGUACACCCACCAUGGCUGGUGGUCUGUUUUCCAUAGAUAAAGACUAUUUUUAUGAAAUCGGUUCCUACGAUGAAGGCAUGGACAUCUGGGGCGGUGAAAAUUUAGAAAUGUCCUUUAGGGUAUGGAUGUGUGGCGGUGUUUUAGAAAUUGCUCCAUGUUCACGUGUUGGCCAUGUUUUUCGCAAAUCAACGCCAUAUACAUUUCCUGGCGGUACAACGGAAAUUGUUAAUCAUAAUAAUGCUCGUCUGGUUGAGGUUUGGCUGGACGAUUGGAAAGAAUUUUACUACAGUUUUUAUCCAGGUGCUCGCAAAGCUUCUGCAGGUGAUGUAAGUGAACGUAAAUCCUUGCGUGAUCGUCUUAAAUGUAAAUCUUUCCGCUGGUAUUUGGAAAAUAUUUAUCCGGAAAGUUUAAUGCCAUUAGACUACUACUAUUUGGGUGAAAUACGCAAUGCUGAGACAGAAACCUGUUUGGAUACCAUGGGCCGUAAAUAUGGCGAAAAGAUUGGUGUGAGUUAUUGUCAUGGCUUGGGCGGCAAUCAAGUGUUUGCCUAUACAAAACGACAGCAAAUCAUGUCCGAUGAUUUGUGUUUGGAUGCAUCUGCAGCUCUGGGGCCGGUGAAUAUGGUGCGUUGUCAUAAUAUGGGCGGUAAUCAGGAAUGGGUGUAUGAUGCAGAGGACAAAUCCAUACGACACACAAACACUGGCAAUUGUUUGCAACGACCCUCCCGCGAAGAUCCCACAACACCGCUGUUACGUCCCUGUGACUACAGUCAGGGUCAACAAUGGCUAAUGGAAUCGAAAUUCAAAUGGCAAGCUCAUUAGUUGUAAUUGUUGUUGGAGUUUUCUAAAACUUUAGUUAGUUUAUUAUUUUUUAGAAAUUGUUUACAUUUUUUAAAUAACAUCAUUUUGCCGUUUUGUAUAAAAUUUUGUUUUGGUUUUAUUUUGAAAAAUUUUUAAUUUUUUUUCUUUGCCUCCUUUUUAGUUCUAGAAUUUAACUUUUUCAUUUUGUUUAGUUGCUAUUUAUUAAAUUUAAAAUUUUCAGUUUAACUAGAGAGAAAAAAAUCAAUAAUGUUAACAAAAAAAAAGGAAUUUGAAAAUUCAGUUAUUAAACUUUCUUUUAUUUUGAUUUAAUUAUGACUUUUUCCCGAUAACUGUUUUUUCAAAUACCUGGUAAUGUAUUUAAAAUUCUUUAAAUGAACUUUAAGUAUUUAGUUAUUUAAAUAUAUAAUAAUUAUUUUAAUUUUGUUUUAGAGUUCUUUUUUUGUAAUAUGGUAUUUUUUAUAAGUUUUUUUAUUUAAUUUUUUCGAUUUUAUUUUCUUUUAAAUACCAAAACUAUCACAUUUUUUGUUUUAUCUUAAUCUUAAUUUUUUUAUAUAAAUUUUUACAAAAAAAAGUCACUGACAUUCUGUUUAAGCAUUCUCUUUUUAUAUAAAUUUAUUUAAUAUAAACAAAAAACAAAAGAAAAGUAAGAAAAACGUCUUCCCUAAAUGAUUUAUUUUUAAUUUUUAAAUACAUACAUACAUUUAAAGAAAAA